CAUAUAAAUAUAUAUACAAUCAACCUACAGGGCUAACUACAAAGGCGAGACCUUUAUCACUCCCAUGUUUUAGUAGUUGUUAGUUUUAGAUUUUGGUUUGAAAAGAAUAUUAUAUUAGAAAAAGAUGUCAGCGUCGGACGGAAGGUCGCCGGCGGAUAUGAGAUCGCCGAUGACGGCGGACAUGAGAUCGCCGGUGCCGCUGCUCUACCGGCGGCAUUCCAGCGGCGAAAUAAAAAAUCUUGCCUCGAUUUCGAGCAGUUUGUUGCCUGCUUUUGGUACAAUUGUAGGAGAGAACACUCCCACUUUGCAAAAAUAUAUUAUUGCACCUUACGAUAGAAGAUACAGGUGGUGGCAAACCUUUCUCGUGGUGCUGGUGGUGUACUCAGCAUGGGCGUCUCCGUUUGAGCUAGCUUUCAGGAAAAUGUCAACGAGUGCGCUCUUGCCGAUUGAUCUGACAGUUGAUCUCUUCUUUGGAAUUGACAUCGUCCUCACCUUCUUCGUCGCUUACUUGGACAAGACAACCUAUUUGCUGAUUGAUGAUCAAAAGAAAAUAGCAGCCAGGUACAUUUCGCAUAUGUGGUUCCCGAUGGACGUUGCCUCGACUCUUCCGUUCCAAGUCAUCUACAGGCUCUUAAGUGGGAAGAUGCACUAUGGUGAUGUCUUUGGCUUCCUCAACUUGCUCAGGCUGUGGCGACUCAGGCGUGUUAGCGAGCUGUUUUCUAGGUUAGAGAAGGACACCCGCUUCAGCUACUUUUGGACGCGAUACAUUAAGCUGAUAUGCGUGACAUUGUUUGCAGUACACACUGCAGGUUGCUUCUAUUACUGGUUGGCUGUACAUUACCAUGUGUCGAGUGAUACAUGGAUCGGAUCUCAAGUUCCUCAUUUUGAGCAAAGGAGUGUCUGGCUGGGAUAUACGUACUCCAUGUAUUGGUCGAUUGUCACCCUCACAACAACGGGAUAUGGAGACCUGCAUGCGGAGAACACAGGAGAGAAGAUUUUCUCCAUCUUCUACAUGCUUUUCAACAUUGGCCUUACUGCCUACUUGAUUGGAAACAUGACCAAUCUCAUCGUCCACAGUUCUAUGCGAACGUUCGCCAUGAGGGAUACCAUCCAUGAGAUAUUACGGUAUGCGAGCAAGAAUAGACUACCGGAAGGGUUAAAAGAGCAGAUGCUGGCACACGUCACGCUGAAAUUCAAGACUGCAGAACUUCAGCAAGAACAAGUACUUGUAGACCUACCUAAGGCUAUAAGAACAGGGAUCGCGCAGCAUCUCUUUCAUGAAACUGUGGAGAACUGCUACCUCUUCAAAAGAGUCGCAGAAGAUUUUAUUGUUCAGAUGGUUCCUGAGAUGAGAGCAGAAUACUAUCCUCCCAAAGUAGACAUAGUCAUACAAAACGAGAUAUCAACAGAUUUCUACAUCAUAGUAUCCGGAGCACUGGACAUAAUAACAAACAAGAAUGGGACAGAGCAGUUUCUGUCAGUUUUAAAGUCUCCAGAGAUGUUUGGUGAAAUCGGGGUGAUUCUCAAUGUUCCCCAGCCUUUUACAGUAAGAACAAAGAGGCUUUCUCAGGUUAUCAGAAUCAGUCACAAUCAUUUCAAGCAAUUGGUGCAUCCAAAUAGCACAGAUGGAAAGAUGAUCGCCUCAAACUUUAUUCAGCAUUUGAAGGGCCUAAAGAAGGUGGAGCUAGAGGAGAUGCCAUUUAUAAUGGAUCUGCUGGAUGAAACAAAUGUAGAGGCAACAUUACCAACUGAGGAAUCUGAAAAUUAUGAAGGGUCAGCCCAAGAAGCAAACAGUAGCCCCAUGGUUCACAAAUCAAACAUAUUUCCAACAAGGGUGGUCCUCCAUGGACAUCAUCCGGAUAUCAAACCAAAAGAAGAAGAUGGGGGAAGGCUUGCUCAUCUUCCUGAUUCAAUAGAAGACCUUCUGGAAUUAGCAGAUAAGAAGCUUGGGGUAAGAGGAACCAAAGUUCUCAUGGCUGAGGGCUCUCAAGUGGAAGACAUAAGAGCUAUAAGAGACAAUGAUCACUUGUACAUCUGUUGAAACAAUGCAUAUAAAGUGCAGUUCAAUUACUUUGAUAGCCAGAAAAUUUGAAUGAACAAUAUUGUAUCAUAUUGCAACAGUCAAUGCUACGUCUUUUUGUAUUAUACACAUGUAAGAAAGAGAAUUUGAUCUUUCAAUU